AUGUCUUUUACCAGUUUACAGUCCGUCGGGAAUAUUGGUGGAGCGCAGGGCACCCUGCUUCCCCGUUCCUUCUCCCGGGCCCUCCCCUCCCCCCGGCGCACGUCGCGCGUUGAGGCGGCCAGUGCGAGCCAGGCGAGCACCGAUGAGGCCAUGGGCUUCAGAUACGAUGCCAGUAUGCAGCGCUGGGUCAAGGACGCGCGGUACACCGGGGCGAAGUACAACACCCUAAUCACCCCCAAGAGCGGGACCCCCUACACCAUCUGGCCCGUGAUGCACACCGAGCUGGUGCGGCGCAAGGUGCGGUGCGUGGAGCCGGAGGAGGCACACAAUGCCGUGUCCAGCGGCAAGGCCGUGCUCCUGGACGUGCGGCUGCCCAAGCAGUUUGAGAAGGGGCACGCGGACGGGGCGGUGAACAUCCCGCUGUACCGCAUCACCGCGGGCAAUAAGCUGUGGGACAAGAUCAAGCGCAUCGUCAUGGGCGGCAUGGUAAUGGACGCCACGGAGCGCGACCCCGACUUCUCCGACAAGGUGGUGGCGGCGCUGGGGCGCAACGCGCACCGCACGCGGGUCAUUGUGGUCUGCGGCGUGGGCGGCACGCUGGAGACGGCGGUCACCGUGGCGUCCACGGGGAAGGUGGCGCACAACGACCCCGACCGCGCGUUUGGGCGGGAGUCGCGCGCGCUGAAGGCCUGCUAUGAGCUGCUAAAGGCCAAGUUCUCCAAGGUGGAGUUCCUCAAGGGCGGCCAUGGCAGCUGGCGGCACGGCGGCUUCCCCAUGGACUACGGGCACGCGGACGAGGAGUAG